UGAAUGCAGCAUUUCAGAGCAGAUCAUCGGGAAGAAAACUCCAUUAUUCGGAGGGAAAGCAAGCUUUCUUAAAAACUGUUGAUCAGGCAACAUGAGUCUCCUCUCCCAGGAAGGUUUAAAGGAGAUUCUCCAACAAUUGGAAUGCCAUUUUACAUGGAUGUUGCAGAAGGAGGAUAUUGAUCCUGAUGAAUUGGAAGAAAGAAUUGUUGAGCAGAUCCGGUUCUUAAGGAAAUCCAAAGUACAAAAUUACAACUUGCUCGCAUACCUGAAAUUCCUGAAUGACAAAAAGGACGAAGCACUGGAAAACUUACAGAAAGCGGAAGAGUCUGUGCCCGUAGAGUACCCUGGGGAAGUAGAAAAGGAAAGCCUGGUUACGUGGGGCAACUACGCCUGGGUGCACUACCACAUGGACAAUCUUACUGAAUCCCAAGCCUACGUGAAGAAGAUAGAGACCAUCUGCAAGCAACUUGGAAGCGAGUCUCCUUAUAAAAUGGAGCUCCCUCAGAUCUGCUGUGAAAAGGGUUGGGCGCUCCUAAAAUUUGGAGGAAAGUACUAUGAAAAAGCAAAGGAGAACUUUGAAAAGGCACUGCAAAAAGAUCCAGAAAACCCAGAAUUUAACUCAGGCUAUGCAAUCACGGUAUACCGUCUAGAAGAUUAUGAUGCAAAAAAAUGUUCAGGGAAAGGGUCAUCACUGGAACCUCUGAGGAUUGCAGGAAAAUUGAAUCCUGAUGAUGUAUUUGUUGUCCCCCUUCUUGCAGUAAAGCUGCAAGAAACAAAUAAAGUGGAGGAAGGAGAAAAGUACAUUGAGGAAGCACUUAGAAAAUAUCCUGAUGUUCCUUACGUGUUAAGGUAUGCUGCCAAAUUUUACAGGAAGAAAGGUGAUGUAGAGGCAUCACUGCAAUAUUUGAAGAAAGCAUUAAGCUUGACCCCAAACUCUGGAUUCUUGCACCAUCAGAUUGGGAUUUGCUAUAGAACACAAUAUUUAGUGAUGAAAAAUGAAAGAAAAAUGGUAGAUACCAAGUCAAAGAAAAAUGGCAAAUACCAAGUCAAAGAAAAGAUGGAUGAGUUGAUCAGAUUUUCCAUUUUUCAUUUCAAAAAAGUGGUGGAGCAUAAAACCAAGUUUAUCUAUGCUUAUAUUGACCUUGCUAAAAUGUAUGCAGAACAAGGAGAGUUACAAAAAGCAGAUGAAACCUUUCAAAAAGUGUUUGCCAUGAGCAAUCUAACAUCUACAGAGCAGCAACAGCUCCAUUUUAAUUAUGGGCGCUUUCAAGAAUUUAACAGAAACUCACAAUCGGUAGCUAUCAAACAUUACUUUGCAGGGCUGAAGAUUGAAAUGGAGUCUAUUGAAAGAGAUAAAAAUAAAUACGUGCUGAAGAAUUUAAUGGAAAAGAAAAUCAAGAAAGGUGAAAUAGAUGCUGAGGGUUUGGGAAUCCUUGGAUUUAUUCAUCAGCUCAAUGGGGAAAGACAAGAAGCAUUGAAAGCCUAUGAGGGAGCCUUGAAAAUCGAUCCUGAAAACGAAGAAUAUCUCAGUGCAAUUUUGAACUUGAAGCUUUCUUUGUAAAACAACAUUCCCAGAUGAGGAUAUCUUUCCAUUAAUGCUGAUUUAAAAAUGUAUCAACAGAUGCUUUCCAUCUGCUUAUUCCAUUUGAAUCUCUCAUCUUUUGAAAAUGCUCCAUUUAAAGGGAUUGCUGUUCUUCUUUCUUUUCAAUUUGAAGAUUUACAGUCAUAAUUGGAAAAAAACUAAUAUCAGGAGUAAAAAAAAAUUAAACUGAAAUAGUUUACUUGGCCAUGUUUUUGUUAGUGUAACUUUUACACAAUGAGCUGACAACGUUUUUGGACAUUGAGGCAAUUAUAAGAUCUCACAUGAUGGCUUAGGCACCCUUCCCAAAAGAAUUGCCCCAAAAUCUGAAAUACUAGCUUUUUUUUUCCAUUUCUUUAAAAACAAUCAAAAUUACUUUCAAAUUUAAUUCAGAGCAGGUUGCAGGUGCUGUUUGGCUAACCUUUCAUUCAUAAAAUGCAUCUCUAAUACUCAUUAUGGCAUAAUAUGGCAGAAGAAUAUACAAAAACUGAAGAUAAUAUGUUUCUAAAACAUUGUGUAUAUCCAGAAGUGAGGUAAAAAAUGAAGGAAGGCCCUAGAAACUACCUGAUGGUCCUCUGAGAGUAACAAGAUCACAUGAUGAGGAAUAGAAGUUGAUAUAGAUAUAACCAGGUCUUUCUAACAAACUCUUCUAAGACAUUGAUUCAUUAAAUAUGAAUAAAUAACAUUUGCAUGGAUGCUUAAUAUAUUUUAUUGGUUUGUUGUACUAAACAGGUUUGAAAUGUACAAAUUUCAAUGUUUGAAAUAUUUGAAAUGUCCAGGUUGAUAAUUGUAUGCCACCCAGAGUCACUUCUUGUGACAUGGGCAACUAUAUAAAUUUGAUUAAUAAAUAAAGUGUGUUAUGGUGGCAAACACUUGAAUGUUGACAUGGUUCAGUGAUGUCCCAUCCAGCAUCUUCUCAGUUGGCUGGAUAUUGGGUAGCCUGAAUUCACCAGAACUCUCCCCAUGUACCUUUCCAACUUUGCACAUUGUUCAGUUCCUUAUUCGUUUAACAGCGGGAUCAUUGAAGAAACAUGGUGGGUUUAUUCACUAGGGACUAGAGUGGGUACAGCAAUGAGGCAAAGUGGGUAUGGACACCCAUAUGCAUGGGCAGGCCUAUUUGUCCCCCAUUUGUGCAGCUGGGAAUGAAAAGUUUCUGUUUUCAAUUAUGCAAAAUGUAUUUGACAAGAUAUGCCAGAAUCCCAUCUCUGAUUUACACCACCACACUGGAAGUCUGGAGGGGAUUCUGAGGGCCACAAAAAGUCCCUGGGGGCCAUCCAUGUCUCUGAUGCUGGAGGUUGCCUGCUCUUGCCCUGCUGUGUUACUGCACUUUGGUUUAGAUGUACAUACAACCAUUCUGAGAAAAUAGGUUUGAAAAUAUAUCUUUAGAUAUUACACACACACACACACACACACACACACACACACACGGUUCUUUCUUGUCCUUCCAUUCCAAAGUCAUUUCCUGUUUUCUGGAGCUAUGCAACUCCUUCAGAAGAGGUCCUCUGGGAUAACAGGGAGCCUGUCUGAAGCACCAACAAUUUUGGAAUUGUUAAAGCAGUCAAGUCUUUUUCCUGGCUUGCAAAGCUGCUUCAAAGCUGCUCCUGGCUGUCUCCACCUGUGUCUGAGGGCACCACCGCUUUGCUUCGCUGCCCCCCUGCCCCACCAGCCCCAUCAGUCUGGGAGAACAUCCAUCAAAGUUUUUAUUACUGUAGAAGACAAGUGUUUCGUAUGUCUUCCUGCACAGCCUUCAUAAACUCUUGAAUCUUCUGUCCAGGCUUGCUGUGUGCCUUCCUGUGUUCUUUUUUCAAAACAGAAAUUACAUUAAAUGUUUGCACCAAGGCACUGAAACUCUGCCGAGACAAUGAGAGUUACACAUCACACUUACUGGAGAACUGGUACUGGUCACCAGUUCGCAGGAGGAUAGCAAGCUCUUGGUUGUGCACAGCCCGCAUGGUGAGCGAUGCUGGGAUGUGUAGUUCUAACGAGACUAUUUCCCCUUCAAAUCUAUGAGAAUAGUCAGCAGAGGCUGUGGCGGGGGUGAGGUCAAAACCAGCAAGAUGGUGGACAGACCUUGUGAUGGAAGCUGUGCCCCUUGGGACAAGCAGAUUUCAGCAGGACUGGGGUCUGCAUCGCGAUGCUGCGUCCACCAUUCUGCCCACACAAACAGACAUGGACACCGCUGAGGAUGGUGGGUUUUUUCACAUACACAUGUCAUCACAGAGCCUCUUCUACUGAGCAGUUUGGCCUCAAUUUCUAGAAAAGUAGAGACUGAUAAAAAUGGGGCAGGAGAAUAAACAGCUGUUGGGUUGUCUUGUUUUUUCCAGUGGAAGAGCUGCUCCCCUUUAAGAUAAAACUCUGCCUCUGCAGUGGAAGGUCUGUUCCCUCCUGAUCUCCAGGGAGAGUUUGCCCCUUGUGAAUGUGAAGAAAUGUGGAAAUGGUGGAGUGGAGGUGUGAAAUGUUUUGAUUCUGCAGGGAGAUCAUUCAUUCAUUCAUUUAAGAGCUUAAUGGGUGGACAGCAAUAAA